AUGGUCCCAGCAGCCAUGUCUCUGCCUCCAUCCUCUCUCCCCUCCCUCCACCCCUCAUCCGUCCUCUUCUUUCUCCUCUCCUGCUUUCUCCUCCUGUCAUGUCCUGGAUCAGUUCAUGCAGGUUCAUCUGAAGGCAACUGCUCAGCCAGUGGAGACCCGUGCCAGGAAGGAGUGGUACUGCCCGUGUGGAACCCUCAGAACCCCUCUGUGGGAGACAAAGUGGCACGAGCAAUUGUUUACUUUGUAGCACUCAUCUAUAUGUUCUUGGGCAUGAGCAUCAUAGCAGACAGAUUCAUGUCAUCUAUAGAGGUCAUCACUUCCCAGGAGAAGGAAAUCACUAUUAAGAGGCCAAAUGGCGAGACGACCACGGCUACGGUCAGAAUCUGGAAUGAGACUGUUUCUAAUCUCACUCUGAUGGCCUUAGGGUCCAGUGCCCCAGAGAUCCUGCUGUCUGUUAUUGAGGUGUGCGGUCAUGGUUUUGAGGCUGGAAAUCUAGGUCCCAGCACAAUCGUGGGCAGUGCUGCCUUCAACAUGUUCGUCAUCAUCGCCCUGUGUGUGUAUGUGGUUCCCGACGGUGAGACGCGCAAAAUCAAACACCUUCGGGUGUUCUUUGUCACGGCAGCUUGGAGUGUCUUCGCUUACAUUUGGCUGUACCUGAUUCUGAGCUUCUUUUCCCCUGGGGUGGUGGAGGUAUGGGAGGCAGUGCUGACCUUCCUGUUCUUCCCACUCUGUGUGGUCCAGGCCUGGGUGGCCGACCGCCGCCUCCUCUUCUACAAAUAUGUCCGUAAGCGUUACCGCGCUGACAAGCACCGCGGCAUCAUCAUUGAGACUGAAGGAGGGGCAGACGGAGGUAUUGAUGGAGGAGGUGGAGGUGCACUUGGUCCGGGGGGGUUCACCAAGAUGGAUAUGCUGGAGCUGGACGGGCAGAUGGCGUUGAACUGUCACAGCGGGUUGGAUGGAGGGAUAAUGGAGGAAGGAGGAGCUAAGGAUGAGGAGGACGAGGCCAGAAGGGACAUGGCGAGGACGCUGAAGGAUCUUAAGCAGAGGCACCCCGACAAAGACAUGGAGCAGCUGAUUGAGAUGGCCAAUUAUCAGGUCCUGAUGCAGCAGCAGAAGAGCAGAGCCUUCUAUCGUAUCCAGGCAACCAGGAUGAUGAUUGGGGCUGGAAACAUCCUCAAGAAGCAUGCUGCUGACCAGGCUCGCAAGGUGGUGAGCAGCAAUGAGACCCAGGCUCAGGAGGACGACCCUCACACCAUCAGGAUGGAUUUUGAACCUCCUUUGUACCAGUGCUUUGAAAACUGCGGCUCUUUGAAACUGACUGUCGCCAGACAUGGGGGAGACUCUGGAGUUACCGUGAAGGUGGAUUAUCGCACAGAGGACGGUACAGCAAACGCAGGUUCGGAUUAUGAGUUUGCUGAGGGAACACUGCUUUUCAAGCCAGGAGAGACCCUCAAAGAGAUCACAGUCGGUGUGAUUGAUGAUGACAUCUUUGAAGAGGAUGAGUAUUUCUAUGUCCACCUCAGUAACCCUCGCUUGGUUGGUUAUCCUGAGAUUGGAACCGCACCCAUGGAUGCCAGUGUCACACCAAAAGCUGUGCUGGGUGACAACCACACCGCCACAGUGACCAUCUAUGAUGACGAUCAUGCAGGUAUAUUUACCUUUGAGAUUGCCAGUCAAAAGGUGAGCGAGAGCAUAGGAGUGAUGGAGGUGAAGGUGCUCAGGACUUCGGGUGCUCGAGGCCUGGUAGCUGUCCCCUACAGGACUGUGGAUGGCACUGCUAAAGGAGGGGAGGACUACGAACUGGCAUCUGGCAAGCUGGAGUUUCAGAAUGACGAGACCAUGAAGAUCAUCGAGGUGAAGAUUAUUGAUGAUGAAGAGUAUGAGAAGAACAAGGCCUUCACCAUCGAGCUAGGGGAGCCUGUUCUGUUGGAGAUAGGGCAGAAACAUGGUGACUCCAAUGAGAACAAGCCCGUUGUUGGAGCAGAAGAGGAAGAGGUGGCCAAGAUGGGCUGUCCCAGUCUGGGUGAACACACACAAGUAGAGGUGGUCAUAGAAGAGUCCUACGAGUUUAAGAGAGCAGUAAAUGAGCUUCUUUGGCGUAAAAAGAAUACGGUAGAUAAGUUGAUCAAGAAGACAAACCUGGCCUUGGUGGUGGGAAGCAGCAGCUGGAGAGAGCAGUUUGUCAGUGCCGUUACUGUCAGCGCAGGAGAUGACGAUGAGGAGGAAAGUGGCGAGGAGAGGCUGCCUUCCUGUUUUGACUACAUCAUGCACUUCCUCACCGUCUUCUGGAAGGUUCUGUUCGCCUUUGUGCCGCCUACAGAGUACUGGAACGGCUGGGCCUGCUUCAUUGUCUCCAUAUCACUCAUUGGUGUCCUGACAGCCGUCACUGGUGAUCUGGCGUCACAUUUCGGCUGCACGAUAGGACUGAAGGACUCGGUGACAGCUGUGGUGUUUGUAGCGCUGGGGACAUCGGUGCCAGACACAUUUGCCAGCAAGGUUGCUGCAAUCCAGGACCAGUACGCCGACGCCUCCAUCGGAAACGUCACUGGCUCCAACGCCGUCAAUGUCUUCCUUGGCAUAGGAGUGGCAUGGACCAUCGCUGCCGUCGUCUGGCGCUCCAAGGGUAAGGAAUUCAGAGUGGACCCAGGUAACCUGGCCUUCUCUGUCACCCUCUUCACCAUCCUCGCCAUUUUCUGUGUUUUCGUACUGCUGUACCGGCGACGAGCAUCAGUGGCAGGCGGAGAGCUGGGCGGACCGCGGACUUGCAAGGUCAUAACAUCGCUGCUGUUCGUCUCCCUGUGGUUGCUUUACAUCAUGCUGGCUUCACUGGAGGCCUACUGCCAUAUACCAGGGUUUUAAAUGGAGAGGAGAGGAGAUGGAGAGAGACACUGCCAACAUGAUGAUAAAGAGAGAGAGGGAUAGAUGGAGGAAUUUUCAAAAAUAGAUGAGACAAGAAAAUACAGAAAGAUGAGGUGGACGGAAAUGGAUGAAUUUUUUUUUUUUCAGUUCUCUAUUUUUAAGUUAAAUAUUCCUGCA